CUUUCCCUGCCCGAGUCCGUAAGGCCUACAAGUAUCCGAAACUAACAAGCACAGUACUGCACAUCAUUAAGCUUUCAAGAUGAAUAUAUUCCUUCCUGUGCCAGUGCGAACCCCCAAAGCGCAUCCAAGUAAGGAAGAGAUGAGAUGCCCAUCACCAGAACUUGCAAGGAUGCAUUUGAUCAAAGGCAAAGAUGCCAUAGAUCGUUAUUUGGCCGUGCAUAUCAAAGGAUUGUCAAAACAAGAGGCUGCUGCUUACCGGAAUUCAUACAAGAAGAACAUCUGCAUAGACAUGCUGCGACAGGGUUAUCACAAGUCUUUCGCCGAGCUCUUUACUCUGAUAGAGCACUGGAAUGCCUUGAGGGAGGCUGCAGGGCCUGGGUCAGCCAUAUGGCUGGAGAAGUCCCUAGCGGAACAGCCUGAUAAGCUGGAUCAGCUUCACCACUUCCUGACCAGGGCUGAGGCAGCCCUACGAUCAGAAUUCUAUGAUGAGGUGUAUAUUAACCAGCUGAAUUUGGCCUAUUGCUUCAACAAACCAGAAGACAGAUGGCUAAGGAAUUACUUCUAUGAACAAUGCUACAAAACUGCUCAGCUGAUUAAAAUAGAUGGAGGAAGGAGAGAAGCUGAAGCACAUUCAAAUAUGGGCCUUGUUUAUGAGGAGCAAGGUCAGUUCCUGAAAGCCGUAGAACAUUAUGAAGCAUUCUAUCAACUGACAGUGGGACGGAUAUGGAAAGAUGAUACAGGCAAGACUCUCACUUCACUAGCCUGUGAACAUCUCUGGAGAAUUUACACAUUACUAGCAGAGAAAAUGCUAGGAAAUAAAGAACACCAACAGGCCAUCAGAACUCUAAUAAAAGCACUUGAAAUGGCAAAAGAAGCGGAGAACAAAAAGAUGGAAGGAGAAGCUGCCUACUGUUUGGGUCUAGCAUAUCAUACAGUUGGAGAAGAAAAGACAGCAAUAGAAAAGCUAAAUACUUAUCUGGAAAUAUCCAAACUACUGGGAGAUUUUGCUGGUUUAGGGAGAGCAUAUCAAGCUAUAGCUCAGGUCCUGGUAAGUCUGGGAGAAGUGGAGGAAGCUAUCAACUACAUGGAAAAGUUUAUGGCUAUUACCAACAAAGUCAAUCUUGGCCCAAGUCUAGUGGAUGCAUGUACAUUCCUUGGAAAUAUUUACAACCAAAAAGGUAACUACCCCAAGGCCUGCGAGUAUUUUGAUCAGGCAUUUGAUACAGCAAAUACUCUUUCGGACUGGGCUCUAGUGAACGAGGCAAAGGUAUAUUGUGGCAUUGGGAAAGCUCAUAACAUGAUGCUGAAAUAUAACAGGCAUACAGAAGCUGCAGAUUACGCCAACAUCAAGUACCUGGUGGCCUGGAAGGAGAACCGAAGUGACAUGUUCACUGACCCUUUUCCAGUUGACUUUAUGAAGCUGAAUCCAUUAGGAGCUGAGUCAAAGUGUAAUGAAAUAAAGGCAACAACUGACAUGAUGGAAACCCUGGAUUAGGUUUCCUGCUAGUCG